ACAACAGGUCGCAAGUAGACUAAUAUGUCUACUAAAACCAAUAAAAGAGGAGCUACGACUCGAGACCGCCCAGUUCAAGAUCUACCGGCUUCGACUCAAGCCCCUCGACCAGGCUACUUUAUAGUCCGCAAGACGGGACAAGUAGUACCGCUAGUGGCGGUUGAUGAAUUACCCCCAGGUGUGGAUUUAAUAGGGGUGCCGAGGAAUUUGGAUUUGGUGGAGACAGGAGGAAUGUUGAAUUUGGGGUUGCAGGGGGAAGCACCACCUGGGACUGUGGGUGGUGGAGACUUUUAUGGACUAGUUGGAUUGGAGGCGGAUGAAGAGAGUGAUGAGUAUGAAGAUGAAGACGGAGUGAUGGGGAGUAGUGGACCCGACACAGCGGUUCCCAGUCCUCUUUCCUUGCCUAUUAGAUCCUCCACGUUGAACACAGCCAUGAAUACCAAAAGUCGGGCCACAAAAUCGCACUCUUCACCGGGCCUGUCAACAUCAAUCCACGCUCCUUCGCGUAAUACCACAUCGACACUAGGAACACAGCAAGGACAACAACAAACGUGUAGACAUUGGUGUACACAUAAUAGAAGAUGCAAGUGGGCGGAAAAUUGUCGGUAUAAACAUGAGAUGCCUAGAACGAGAUUUGAACUUAGUUUGAUUGGAUUGAGUGAUUGGCCGGGUUGGUUCAAGGCGGAGAAUCCGGGUUUUUUUCCUGGGUAUGAGAGGGUGAUUGAUAGGGGGGUGGAGAGAUUGAGAGAUUCGGAUGUGGGGGGUGGGAUGGAGAGGAAGGAGAGGGAGAGAGGUAGUAGUAGAGUUGGGAGAGAGACGGAGAGGGGAUCCAGCAUGGGGGUUUUGGAUGGUGAGAGAGUGCUCGAGAGAUUGAGGGAGAUGGAGAAGCUGCUUAAGGGUAAGGUGGUUGCGGGAAAGGGUACAGAUGAGAAGAGGACGGAUGCAAAAAUCAGAGAAGAGAAGAGAAUCAGAGAAAAGGAAAAAGAGAAGCUUAAAGAGAGGGAGAGGGAAAAGGAAGACGUAUUGGACAUCAGAAGAGCAGAAGCGAAAAAGGAGAGGGAGAGAAUGAGAAUCGAGAAAACGAGGGAGAGGGAGGCUUCGAACAGGAUUGAUAGGGGAGAUUUGGAGGGGACGAGAAAAUGGGAAGAUGAGAGUGAGGAGGACAAUGAAUAUGAGGGAAAAAAUAGCGGAGGGAAUAAGAAGGUUUUAGAGCAGGUGGAGAAGAGUAAGAGUUUCAGUGGGGAGAAGGAGAAGUUGGUUGAUGUUUGAAAGGUUCAUUUUGAAGAGUGGGAAACACUUUAGAGAGAGUUAUUUUGUUUGGGUGGUGUUAUGACGUCUAAUCUAGUUUGUAUUGGAGAAUAGUAUUUCGUUAUGUGAUCCUAAGUGGGAACAAGCUCUGUGGUGGGUUGGUAAUUGGGAAUUUAUGCAAUCUUACAUUACA